AAUAUAUUGGCAAAAUAUCGCAAAUUCUAAUAUGGCCCCUGCCGCUCAUCACUGACAGUCCUCGGACGGCUUUCAUAAAUCUGCUCCAUUGUGUUCUUCUUCUUCUUCACUGCUGUCAGGGAAUGGAAACAUUUUGGACGUUUUGAAUUCAAUGGAAGCAAAAUCCGCUGCGGAAAUUCCGCAGUACAGCAAAGCUUUGAGAAUGCCAGGCCGAAGGUUCAGUGAUGGAGAUGUGGCCAUGGGGAAGUGGCCAGGAAGCAGACUCUACUUUGAGGCGCAGAUCGUGUCCUUUGAUUCCAACAAACAACUUUAUUCUGUAAAGUUCCGUGAUGGGACUGAAAUGGAGCUUAAAGAAAGCGAUAUUCGGUCCAUGAAUGUUUUCCAAUCCAAGAAAGGUUCUGCCUCUCCUUCAAGAAGGAGAAGCAGAAGCAGAACGCGGUCUCGCUCACCUGCGCGCACACAAUCUCGAGGGCGCUCUCCGGGACGGACCCCAAAGACACCUCAGGAGUCAUCACCGGUUAUCAGAGAUAGUCGGAAGGGAGAUUACUUAAAAGUUCAGCUUAUUCCUCUGAAGCUCCAAGACUUUAAUAUCGUGAAAACAAAUGGCGACGACGUUGUUGCAAGACGGGCCUUGCUGCGCAACGAGUCACCGGUCAUUCAAGCAGAGGAAGAGGUGAAGGUGGAAGAAGAAGAACAAAUAAAAAAUGAAAAGGUUUUGCACUAUGUUCAAAGAAAAGAAUACUCUGCAGAAUCUGAUGAAAGAGAUGAGCCCAAAGAAUAUAGAUUUAAUUCUAAACCCGCUAAGAAUAUUGUGCCCGUUGAGAAGCCUGUGGUAGAGUUUGGAGGAGCUUUAGGUGCGGCCCUCAUGAUGCUUUCCAUGCCCCCUUUCCUGUAUUAUCUUGUGCACAUGUGCGCCCAGGAGGACAUCUCUCUAUGGGAUUUCACCCCUCGCUGGACACUCACUGACCUCUGGGAUGUCACCGUCUGUGGAUAUUUUGCUCUCUGGAUCCUACUUCUUGCACUCUUCCACCUUCUUCCCUUUGGAGCGGUUUUCAUAAAUUUCAUAAUGCUCUUGGCUGAAAUGAACAUUCAGAAGCUUGAGAGUCCAUCCGCAUCAAUGAUCUUGGUGAACACUUUCCAGCUAGUGUAUGUUCUCCACGCUCUUUGGAAUCAGGAAAGCAUGUUGACCUCUCUGGAUAUCGCCUAUGAAGGGUUCGGCUUUAUGUUGGCUUUUGGUAACCUGGUGUGGGUUCCAUUUGCUUAUUCUCUGCAAGCUGCAUAUCUAGUCAAGCAUCCGGUGGAGAUUUCCUGGACACUUAUUGGGGCUAUUGUGGCAAUGAACAUUUUAGGUUACAUCAUCUUCCGAAGUGCAAAUAACCAGAAGAAUGCCUUUAGGAAAAUUCCACAUGACCCGAGACUUUCCUUUCUGAAGACCAUCCCGACCUCAUGUGGCUCUCAGCUCCUGGUCUCUGGUUGGUGGGGAUUUGUUCGGCACCCAAACUACUUGGGUGAUCUGAUCAUGGCCUGGGCCUGGUGUCUGCCUUGUGGUUUUAAUGACCUUUUGCCCUAUUUCUAUGGAUUCUUUCUAACCGGUCUACUCCUCCACCGAGUGAGCAGAGUCGAGCACCAGUGCAGACUGAAAUACGGUCGCGACUGGGACAAGUACUGCCAUCUAGUGCCGUAUCGUAUAAUCCCAUACGUUUACUAGAAAGGCAAUAUUUGAGGAUUUUUUUUUAUUAUUGCUGAAGCCGUCUGUAAAUGUUUGAUAUUUUGUAUAUGAUGCCUUUUAAAGUUAUUUUAUUUUCUUUUUUCUACGAAUGUUAAAAAAUGGAUAUGAUGUUUUUUACUAUUGCAUUUUAUUUUAUUUUUUAUUUCUUUUUUUGCUUAUGUGUCAUAACUUGUAAGAUAUCUCUGCCUGGUAGGAAAGAUGGAGUCUUAUCCAAACUGUAAUAGUUAAUAACACCGGAGAAUUAGACUUCAU